AUGGCAGAGAUGUCGCUACUGAUCUUUGUUCUUUGUCAUAUAUUCUUUCUAGUAGCUAAACAAGCCACAGCUCAACAGGACUUCUUAUACCAGUUUUGUCUAAACGACAAAGGGAACUACACCCUCAACAGUACCUACCAUGCGAACCUCAAUCACCUCCUCAACACCUUUCCCAGCUCCCAAAAUGACAACGGUUACGGCUUUUACAAUCUCUCCUAUGGGAAAGGCUCAGAUCAAGUUUACGCAAUCGGACUAUGCCGCGGAGACGCUAAGCCCGAUGACUGCCGAAGUUGCCUCAACGACUCCACUCAUCUUCUCCCAGACAUCUGCCCCAAACAGAAGGAGGCAGUCGGAUGGUACGACACCUGCAUGUUACACUACUCGAAUAGGUCCAUGUUGGGCUCUCCUAACACUACUACCACAGUAUUCUACAUGUGUAACACCCAUAACGUGUCGUCUUCUAAUGUUAAAGCGUAUUUUAGCAGUCUUAAGAGGUUAUUAGAUGACUUGAGAAGCAUAGCCGCGUCCGGCGACUCUCUUCGUAAGUACGCGACGGGAAGUGCAAGCGCUCCGGAUGUUUCAACCAUAUACGCACUUGUACAGUGCACGCCAGACUUAUCCGAGCUACAAUGUAUCCAUUGUUUAGACAUGGUGUACGGUCUUAUCCCACAAUGUUGUGAUGGUAAAGUAGGAGGCAGAGUUGUUGGCCGGACUUGUAAUAUAAGAUACGAGAAAUACCUCUUUUAUGGAUCUACAGAUGACACGUCGCCUACAUCCCCGACGGUAACCACAGCGCCGCCUCCGUCGAUUAAUAACACCAUAAGCAAUGUUACAGAAGCUCAAAUAACAUACGAUCCAGUGAAUGAAACUGAAAGUGCGGAGUCAGUGCAGUACAAUUUUAACACUAUUAGAGUUGCGACAGAUCAGUUUUCUGAGGAAAAUAAGCUCGGACAAGGUGGAUUUGGAGCGGUUUAUAAGGGAAAACUUCCGGAUGGACAGAACAUAGCAGUAAAAAGGUUGUCUAGGGAUUCUGGGCAGGGAGAUCUAGAAUUCAAGAACGAGGUAAUGCUUGUUGCCAAGCUUCAACACCGUAAUCUCGUUAGGCUUCUUGGUUCCAGCUUGGAAAGAAGUGAAAGGCUUCUUGUCUAUGAGUUUGUCGAAAAUUCAAGUCUUGAUCAUUUCAUAUUCGGUACAGUGCAAAUCAUAAACUUGCAUGAUUAUGUAGAUACAAGAAAGCGUGCAAAUUUGGAUUGGGAUAUCCGUUACAAAAUAAUUGGAGGUGUAGCUCGAGGACUCCUUUAUCUUCAUGAAGAUUCUCGUUUGAGAAUUAUCCAUCGAGAUCUCAAAGCAAGUAACAUCUUAUUAGAUGAAGAAAUGCAUCCUAAGAUUUCAGAUUUUGAAAUGGCAAGACUUUUUGUUGUUAAUCAAAUUCAAGGAAAUACAAGUCGUAUAGUGGGAACAUAUGGAUAUAUGGCUCCAGAAUAUGCUAUGCAUGGACAAUUUUCAGUCAAAUCUGAUGUAUUUAGUUUUGGUGUUUUACUUUUAGAAAUAAUAAGUGGGCAAAAAAAUAAUUGUUUCCGUCGUGGAGAGCAUGUAGGAGACCUUUUAAGCUAUACAUGGAGAAUAUGGAGGGAAGGAAACGCUUCAAAGAUGGUAGAUCCAUUAAUGAGAGUUGGGUCGGGAUCUGAAAUAAUGAGAUGCAUUCAUAUAGGACUAUUGUGUGUUCAAGAAAAUAUUGCAAACAGACCAACCAUGAAUGUUAUUGUGCUUAUGCUAAACAGUAACUCUCUUUCUCUUCCUCUACCAUCUGAGCCGGCUUUCUUUAUACAUAGCAACAUGGGAUCAGAUUCAAGAAUGAAUGCUGAAUCAUCAAAUCAUUCAAAGAGUGAGUUUAUUAUAGAAUCUAUUAAUGAUGCUUCUAUUACUGAACUCUACCCUCGAUAAUCUAAUGGUAACAUUUAAUUUUAUAAAAUGAGAAUGGUUUGUGGGAGCUUAUUUGUUCUCAAUUUUUUCCCUUGUUAUAUGUAUCCUAUGUUCUAAAAAGUAUUGUAAAGUGAAAAUUUGGAAAGAAAAUUGUUCGA